UUAGACGAUUGUCAUUCAUAUAAAAGUCAAGAUUUCUUUAAAAAAUGUGGAUAUUAAAAGCGAAACAACAAAAAACAACGGUUUUUCUCACGGCAAAGCCGAAUGAUACAUUAAAAACAUUAAAACAAGAAUUACAAAGGGCACUUUAUGAUACAUCUCUUCUUGAAAAGACGGAUGAUAAAAUGGCAGAUGAAAAUUCAUGUAUUCGACUAAAAAUCCAUGGAAUUAUACAAAUGAAUGAAGAUAAAAGUCUUGAAGAAGUAGGUCUUGAAGACGGUACAUUUCUGGAAUUUAGUCGACUACAUAAUGGUGUAUGGGAACCUUUUGGAUUUGAACCUUAUUCUGAUUCCAAUGAAUCUUAAUUUUAUUUUUAAAUAAUAUCGAUAUAAAUGAUAUAUAAAAUGCA